UUGACAGUUCUCUAAUUUCCCACCUUAAUCUGGCACAUUUGAAAACAAAAUUCAUUUCUUCCACUGUUUUCUUUAAAAUAAUUAAUAAAAAAAAAUGUCCACAAAUGUUAACAUACGUUUAGCAAUGGACCGAGUCAAUAUGGCUCUUCUAUCCCAAAAUGAAAAUCGAAUACCUCGUCUGUUUACACCGGGAGAAGUUGUCACAGCUCAGCAAGGCUUCAUGAAAGGUCACGGCACUUAUGUCGAAGGUGAAGACAUCAAAGCAUCCGUUGCCGGUGUCAUGGAACAAGUUAACAAAUUGAUAUCCAUUAAACCUCUUAAAAGUAGAUAUGUUGGGGAAAUCGGUGAUGUUGUUGUAGCCCGAAUUACAGAAGUUCAACAAAAACGCUGGAAAGUCGAUACCAAUUCUCGACUCGAUUCUGUAUUGCUUCUAUCUUCAGUGAAUUUGCCGGGUGGCGAGUUGCGUCGUCGUGGAGCUGAAGAUGAACAAAUGAUGCGUAAGUAUCUGCAAGAAGGCGAUCUGAUUUCAGCUGAAGUACAAAAUAUCUAUGACGAAGGAACACUUUCUUUAUACACACGUUCUCUAAAGUAUGGAAAACUAUCUCAAGGAAUCCUUGUUAAAGUAUUUCCCUCGCUAGUCAAAAGGAGGAAAACUCAUUUCCAUAAUUUGCCUUGUGGGGCAUCUAUAAUUUUGGGCAAUAAUGGAUUUAUUUGGAUAUCACCGACGGUUAAUUCAGAAGUCGAAGGUGAUGGAGGGUUUGCUCAAAAUCUUACCGAUGUUGUGCCUCGUGCUGAUCGAGAAGUCAUUGCACGUUUGCGUAAUUGCAUAUUGGCUCUGUCGCAGUGUAAUAUGGUUUUAUUCGAUACAAGCAUUUUGUACGCUUAUGAAGAGAGUUUAAAGUACGAAGUCGAUGAGUUGUUGAACCAAGAGGCCAUUUUUGAUGUGGCUUUUCUGACUCAACAUCGACUUCGUUUGCAGGAGGAAUAAUUUUUUUAAUCUUUUGUUUUGAUAAUAAAUAUUUUUUUAGAAAAUUA